ACUACCCAUGGGUUCCUGGAGAAGUCCACAGCAACUGGAGUAAUCACCAGUUUGUGGCUCUCGCCUUCGCGCUUGGCUCCAUUGACGAAGCAACGCUCGCACAUAUUGGCACCAUCCGGGAAACAAUCGUCAAAGCUGGAUGCAAAAUGUGAGGCAGGAGCUCAAUGCGAUGCGAGACAGGAGCACUGCGGGGAAGAUAUGGGCGGCGACAGCUCAUUGGACCAAUCUCGGCAGCGCAUUUCAAAGGCGCAGCCUACUGCACACAGCCUGCUACCUCGCUUCUGCACCCAACCCUAAUGGAUGUCGGCUGCAACGGGAAUCUCUGAUAUCUCUCUACUCCAUCUCCCGGACUCUUCUCCGCACCGGGCAGCCAAGCGGCACCAACGGACCGAUGCAACGUGCCGAGGCACAGGCGCCCCUCCUAAUCGGAGAAAUGAUCCGGCAAGCGCCCCCCUGUCGGGGCCUGUCAGCUUGCUAUGCGCGCCGCGGUGGAACUGGAAACGGUGGUGGUAUCAAUGCCGUCGCCUACCCUGUCGUGGCAUGCGGGGGCGCCAUGGGUUUCUGGGUUCCAUGCCAUGCCUCUCCGACUCCUCUCGGACUUGAAUGUGGAGCACCUGGAUGGGUCGACGUUUAAGUAUCGUCGUUUGGCCUGUUGGCUGUCCCUCGGACUGAAGGGGAAAUGCGAGGUCCUUGAGUAGACUCCUCCUGAUUUGAGCCAAGCACCUACAUACACCCACACACCAACAAACAUCGGCCAACAUGGGGAGCGUCUCGCAGAGCCCCGUUUUCUCCAACAUCAUCAACGGCGAGUGCCGCUCCGGGACGCAGGUCGACCGGGGCGUGGACCCGCGCACCGAGAAGCCCCUGUGGGAUGUGCCCGUCGCCUCGCCCGCCGACCUGAACGAGGCCGUCGCCGCCGCCCGCAAUGCCUUCCCCGGCUGGGCCAACACCCCGGUCGCGGAGAGGAAGAAGAUUGUUGCCAAGAUGGCCGACGUGGUGAACGAGAAUGCGCCCGAGCUCAUCGAGAUUGUGGCGCGGGAGACGGGCAAAUCGCAACUCAUGGCCUCGAUUGAGAUCAAAAACACGGUCGAUCAAUGCCUCUUCUUCUCCCAAAACGCCCUGGAGGACGAGCUGCAGUAUGAAGACGAAACUGUCAAAAUCAUGGCAACCUUCCCGCCUCUUGGUGUCGUCGGCGCCAUCUGCCCCUGGAACUUUCCUUUGAUCCUCAGUAGCAUCAAGGUCGUGGCGUCCCUGGUGAUGGGCAACUGCAUCAUCAUCAAGGCCUCCCCGUUCACGCCCUACAGCGCGCUCAAGUUCGCCGAGCUGGUGCAGCCACUGCUGCCCCCUGGCGUCGUGCAGGCGCUCAGCGGCGACGGCGAGUUGGGGCGGCUCAUGACGGAGCACGCGGGCGUCGACAAGAUCAGCUUCACGGGCUCCAGCCCCACCGGCAAGCUCGUCGCGGUCGCGUGCGCGCGCACCCUCAAGAAGGUCACGCUCGAGCUCGGCGGCAACGACGCCGCCAUCGUGUGCCCGGACAUCGCCGACGUGGCCGCCACGGCGUCCCUGGUCGCGGCCGGCUCCUACUUCAACGCCGGCCAGGUCUGCGUCGCCACCAAGCGUGUCUACGUCCACGAGGACGUCUACGCUCCAUUUUUGGAGGCCUUUGUGGCCGAGACGACCCGCGCGUACGCCCCCGCGCUCGCCGCCAACGGCGCCGAUGCGCCGCCUACCGUCUUUGGCCCCCUGUCCAACAAGAUGCAGUUCGACAAGGUCAAGGGCCUCCUCCAGGAUGUCAAGACGGCCGGAGGGGAGGUCCUGACGGGUGGCGCGCCGCACGACGGCACGGGCUUCUGGAUCCAGCCCACCGUGGUUGCCCAGCCGCCCGAGGACUCGCGUCUCGUGCAGGAGGAGCAGUUUGGCCCCGUCGUGCCCAUUAUGAAGUGGUCCAACGAGGACGACGUGAUCAAGCGGGCCAACCUGACAAACUCGGGCCUUGGCGCCACGGUUUACUCAAAGGACCUUGGGCGAGCCGAGAGCAUCGCCAAGCGUCUGGAGGUCGGUUCGGUCUGGAUCAAUAUGCCCGAGAGACCCAAUGCGGCAGCUUGGAUGGGUGGGUGGAAGGACAGCGGUUUUGGCGGGGAGAUGGGCAAGCUGGGACUCUAUGCGUACUGCCAUGUCAAGAGCAUCCAUUACGCCAAGUAGUGGUGGUAGCAUGAAUGCGACCUGAUAGAUACCAAUAAAGGCUCUGCUGCAUGCGUUUUAUUUUCCCAUA